UCCAGAAUGCUUGAGAAUGCUCUCAGGUCCGCAGCACGCCCGCUUGCCUCUUUGCAGUCUCGAGGCCCGAGUUGACCUGCUGACGCGAGUCAACGUGAGUUGCUGACAAUUGGCGGAAGCUCGAUCAGGCCAGUCUGCUUGACAGCGUACCCUGUCACCACUGCUCGACGAGUCCCUCCGUGAAACGUCACGCGAAACACUUUUCGAAGGGAAACACCACGGAAGCGUAACUCACGACGUCAAAUUCUACGCUUUCCUAACCUUGGUUCGCGACACGAUUCGCUGCUGCCUAGUCCGUUUUUUACUGUACUCUUAAACAACUAAUUGGAAAGAUGGCAAAAUGGGGCGAAGGUGAUCCACGAUGGAUUGUUGAGGAAAGGCCUGACGCAACCAAUGUUAAUAAUUGGCACUGGACAGAGAAGAAUGCCUGUGCGUGGUCGCAAGAAAAGUUGAAAGAACUUUUUGUAAAUUCAAAAAUCGAAGGAGACGAAGUCUUAUGUGAAAUAGUAGAAAUGGAGAAAUGCGAGGGCGAGGCAGUAGCAAAUAAUAGAAAAGGAAAACUUAUUUUCUUUUAUGAAUGGAAUAUUGUGCUCAAGUGGAAAUCAACUACCAAGUCGAAUAACACAAUUGAGGGUAAAAUUAAUAUUCCUAAUCUCUCUGAAGAGAAUGACAUCAGUGAGGUAGAUAUCGAAAUAACAUUAAAAGAGAGUACGGACGAAGGAGAGGGAAUAAAGAAGUUCUUGCACAUGAAGGGAAAGGACAUUUUGAGGGAAAAAUUGAAGAAAUACGUGUCUUCCUUGAAGGAAGAAUUUGCGAGAGGAAUGAUACUUCCCAAAAAGGACAACGUAAAGGAAAAUAUUUCGAGUAUAACAUCCGGUUUUAACGUUAAGAUGCAAAUGAACGCUGCCGUGACACCGACGAACGACAACAAAUCUGCAGGAUGCAAAAUUGGAACUACUACUAUUAAGCAACAGAUCAAGUUCCAAUGUAGAGCACGGGAGUUUUAUAACGUCUUCACUACAAUAGAGAUGGUGCAAGCCUUUACGCACGGUGUGGUGAAAUUGGAACCGAAGAAGAACGGUCACUUCGAGCUGUUCGGCGGCAAUAUCCACGGGGAAUUCCUGGAGAUCACGCCGGCGAAGAUCGUGCAGAAGUGGCGUUGCAAACAGUGGCCGUCCGGGCAUUUCAGCGAGGUGACGCUCGACAUCUGCGAGAGGAGCGAUCACACGGAGGUUAUUUUAACGCAGAUCGGUGUGCCGGUCAGCGAGGAGACCGUCACGAAGGAGAAUUGGGACAAAUAUUACUGGGACGCCAUAAAACGGACCUUCGGCUUCGGAUGCUUCAUCGAUCGCGCAGAUGUUGUCUCGAAAGAAAUAUUUGCCGAAAGAGAAGUCAGCUCCGAGAAUCCACCCUUAGAUCGAUGCAGAUCGCGAGCGGAGAACGCGGAACUUCCGGUGUGUAUCGACGAGAAAUACCUGGCCGCCGACUAUGUGUUCUACUGCACCGAAUUAGGUUGUACAUACAUUCACCGUUUUCUCUUAAGAGCAUCCCCCGACCUAGUCGCAGCAACCGCCGUAGCGCGGCCAUAUAGUCCGCCUCAUCGUCAGGCAUCGAGCAUGCCAUGCGCACUUAACGGGGACGUAAUCGCGUUGCACACCUGGCGCAACAUGCAUCCUUCCACGCCCUUGCCGCAGCAGCAGCUCGACCGCCUCGCCAGGGAUAUCGAAUUGGCCGCAUUCGAUGAGGAAUCUGUCACAGUUAUGGCAAUUACUGACGAGAACACGACGACGGAGGCGGUGGACGAGGAGGAGGAAGAGGACGAGGAGGAGGAGGAGGAGGAGGAAAAGAAGAAGAACGAGGAAGAAGAAAAGGGAAGAGAUCGCAACGGUAACAUUGGCGGUGGUGUCCCGGCUCGCCGAAUCCCGGUGUCCCGCGACGAGGAAGCAAAAAGAGAGAGAGCCAGAGAGAGAGACAGGCCGUCAGACAUGAACGUUACUCCGACGGUGGAGAUACCCAGCAAUGACAGCUACAACAUCAGCAACGGUCUCGACUGCGGCGGUGAGCCCCAUCAGUACGGCGUAUGGGGGCGUGUGAUGAUAGUGGUGGUCGCCGUCUUCCUCAGUCUUACCACGGUCCUCGGCAACAUAAUGGUCAUGAUAUCGUUCAAGAUCGACAAGCAGCUGCAGACGAUCUCCAAUUACUUCCUUUUCAGCCUGGCGGUGGCCGACUUUGCGAUCGGCCUAUUCUCCAUGCCCCUGUUCACGUUGUACACGGUGCUCGGUUACUGGCCGCUCGGGCCUCACGUAUGCGACACGUGGCUAGCCCUCGACUAUCUUGCGAGUAACGCGUCGGUCCUCAACUUGCUCAUCAUCAGCUUCGACAGGUACUUUUCCGUCACGCGGCCGCUCACCUAUCGAGCCAAGAGGACCACUGUCAAAGCCGCAAUCAUGAUCACAUCCGCCUGGGGUAUAUCGCUGCUUCUUUGGCCACCCUGGAUCUACGCGUGGCCGUACAUCGAGGGUCAAAGGACUGUGCCGAAAUCCGCGUGCUACAUCCAGUUCAUCGAGACGAACCACUACAUCACCUUCGGCACGGCCAUCGCCGCGUUUUACCUCCCCGUCACCGUAAUGAUAAUCCUAUAUUGGCGAAUCUGGAAAGAGACGAAGAAACGGCAAAAGGACCUACCGAACUUGCAGGCCGGCAAGCAAGACGCGAGCAAGCGCAGCAACUCGAGCGACGAGACUUUAGACAUGGAGGAGUGUAAGAGACAGCGGAGCGAGUCGAGUACCGGUGAGGAAGCCUCGCACGCCACGCACAUCGCCGUUUCCUACAUUGAUAAGCACUAUCCGCAAUAUAAAAGCCACAGGCCGUUGUCCUGGACCUGGCUGAAGUUGUGGUGCAUCGCGUGGUGGCACAGCGGACGGGACGAUGAGGACGACGACGAGGAGAUCGCGGGACAGGAGAGCAGUCGCACUGGGGCCGGCUACGAGGAGACGCUCACACCGUUGUCGGCCGAGACGCCGCUUCCCAGCACGGUAUCGCGGUGUCCUUCUCUCAGCGCGAUACAGACCACGGGAGUCACUCUGGAUAAGGUCGCGGCGUUUCACGAGUACAAAAAGUCGGCGCGGUCGACCGAUCUCAAGACUAUUUCCAGCGAUUCCGUUUAUACGAUUGUGAUCAAAUUGCCGAGUAACGGCGGUAAGUAUAGCGAGGGGCCGACCAUAAGGAUGAUCCACGAUGAUUCCGUGACGACCCAGCUGCACAGCAUGAUGGAGGACAGCGAGGACGACGGCGGUGACAUUAGCGGUGGCCGAGACGGCGCAGCCACGAAGGGUCUCCGUCUCGGCCCUGGCACCGUGUCAACCUCCUCGACGGCGGUGAUGAGGAGGCCGUCGCAGAUGCCGGACAUCAGGAUGCCGCUGAACGCGAAGAACAUACCGAAGGCGCUGACCACGGGCAAGGGUAUACUGAACAAGCAGCCGAACAAGAAGAAGAAGAAGCUGCAGGAGAAGAAGGCCGACCGCAAGGCCGCGAAGACACUCUCGGCGAUCCUGCUCGCGUUCAUCAUCACGUGGACUCCGUACAACAUCCUGGUACUCCUCAAGUCCCUCACCGCCUGCUCGUGGUACAUUCCGCAGGAGCUUUGGGACUUUUUUUAUUACCUUUGCUACAUCAACAGUACUGUGAACCCGGUGUGCUACGCGCUGUGUAACGCGGCCUUCCGCCGAACCUACGUGAGGAUUCUCAAGUGCAAGUGGCACAGCAGAAACCGCGGCGGCGCGGUCGACCGGGGAUGACAUCAGUAACCGAUGGUAUGCGUGCGCCUCGCUUUCUGCGCAUCGGCGACCCACCCCUCGCGCUAUCCCAAUAUCCGCACCCAAGAAUCGGGGGUCAACGACCAUGCGCGCGCGCACGCAUAUUCUGGCGUAUACAUGCACCGAAGCGACUCUGUAUCAUCGUUGUCAUCAUUGUCAUCAUCAUCGUCAUCGUCAUCGUCAUCGUCAUCGUCAUCGUCAUCAGCGUCAUCAUCUUAUUCUCACUCGUAUUAUUUACUGUACGGUUUACUUUCCUCCCUUUUCACGCGUUUCCUAGAGCGCAUGAAGAAGUGGAAGCGGGGAGACCGGCGAUUCAGGCCACCAUCGAGCUUCGCGCAUGCGAUCCUCCGCAUGUACAAGUACUACGGAUUCAGCGUGCGAUCGCAUAUGGGCUCUCCCCUUUGGAUCCUGAUCAACGGAUCGUUCGCAACGUCGGUACCAAUACCCGCGGAUCAGCGUGUCGUGAUUUGGCUUCGCUGCGAAGAGGAGUAAGCGGAGCUAACGGUUUCGAAUUCACCAGGAUGAGAGAUUAACCCUUUGAUGACCACGUCCUUUUCGUGCCGUGCGAUCGGCUGCAUUUUUCACCGAAAAUUGAUUAAUCGGUAAUUACGUUAGCAAUUUGGUUAUCGACGUAACGUCGAACUUUAAUGCUCUCUCUCUCUCUCUUCUCUCUCUCUCUCUCUCUCUAUCUCUCUAUCUCUCUCUAACGUAAUUAUAUUAGUUUAUAAUUACAUUGGUGUCUAUUAACGUAUAUAAAAAGAGUUAAUGACGAAUUGCGAUGUACCCUUGUCGGAGGGUUAACGACGUAACGCAGAGCGACGUAAAUGGGUCCGUAAUUGCGUUAUGCAGAAGACUGUAGGAACGACACAACGGUUUGUUUGUCUAUAAUUUGUCCUCUCGGAUAAUCUCGAAUUUCGACGUUACCUCGCGUAUCGAUUGUCUAUAUCGGUCCACGUAAAUGUUUAACGCGGCAGUGGUUCUUAACGUUUUUGGGUCGCGGACCUCCUCGAUAGACCGAAGGUUCUCCGCUCGAUCUCGAUCAGAGUUCUGACUCCCUCAGUCGAACAAAUCUGAUCGGAGCCUUUUGAUUUGGACAAUUGACAUCAGAUACAGACAUCGACAUGCUGUAUGUCGUCUCGUUCGACGAAGAAUUCGAGAAAAUGCUAGAUCUGGGAGACUGCAGGAAAGGCAAUGGGAUCCGUUUGCGUCGCGAUGGGAAGCAUGAGCCGGCUGUCGACGCACCGGUCAAAACGCAACGCAGCUCGGUCUCCGCGUUUCAGGAGAUAACGCGACGUGGAUACUGCCAUGAAUAUAUAACGUUCAUUAAUAUCUCUCCGGACCGCAAGUCGCGCGUUCGGGAUUAUAUUUGUCCGGUGCGCUCUCGGAGUCGAGGGUGCACCGGUGCCCCGCGGGUGUGCGCUCGUCAUCGCCGUCGCGUCGGAAGCUCAGCGCGAUGCCUACCUCCGGGAACGCCUCUUCCGGGAGGGACGGAAAGCGGCGGUGGCGAGUGGCAACGGCGGGCUAGACAAAGAAAAAAAAGCUAAAUCGCACAAGAACCUAUUUAAGUAAAAGAUAUCGAAAGGAUAACGAUAAUCUCUGUACGUCGCGCGAAGAAUUGUGCGAGAAUCGCGACGAGCGAUGUGAACACUCGAUGUAAAUUUUACGACGUAGCGAAAACUGUAAAACUGUAAAUGAAUGUGUUAAAUGUAAUAAUGCGGGGAAGGGAUCGAGGGAGGAGGAGGAACUAGGGUUCGAUGAAUGCGGGCGAGGCCAGCGAGCCAGAGUACUGAGGAAGCGGGUAAUUAGCGAUUAGGACAAAAAGCAUGGAGGGAUUAACGGUAAAUCGAAUUCUUCCGUAAAACUAAAAUAACAUUCUAAUUAUACGUGCCAAACGAAGCUUUAAGAGAUUAUACCAAGAUUAUACGGGGAGACGAGGUGCAGCGGAAGGGAGAAACGUCGUAGCGCGCUUUCGAGGCUGCCGGACAACGGCGGCCGAGGAGCUAUAGUUAAUAAAAGAAAAGAAAAAAAAAGCAGAAAAAAAGGAAAAAUAUGAUAUAAACUAGGAAAUAAAGUAAAAGCACUGUGUCGAGCGAUACACGACUCUAGCGAUCGAAAUGGCUCAUAAAGUAAUCAAAGUCAAUCGUACGCGCGCCGACAUGCCUAUAGCGACUUCAAGACUGCGUGCCCUCCUCAUUUCGACGAACCUCGCGCGACCUCACUCAGAUUAUAUAAUACAUAAUUUAUUAUUUUUAUAAAUCGUCGCAUCCUCGACAAUCGUCGUAGAGGGAUACAAUCUUUUUAUCGCACAAUUGUCAUUCCGAUAUUUAUUAAGUUUGUCAUAUUUUGCGUUCCGUUUCCCAUGGACCAUGCAAGUCACCACGAGGCGUCAAAAGUUCAUCGCGUUCAUCUAGAGACUGCAGACUUCGCGCGCGUGCGCGCGCUUUCUCUCUGUUUCUUUCUCUCUCUCUCUCUCUUUGUCUGUCAGUUUUCUUUUUAAGAAAAUGUUCCGUAGGUGUGUUCUCUCGUCUCUCUGUGUGCUCUUUGCGUACCGCUCAUUCACUCGUUACCCCAAGCGAGAAACGUAUAUAAUUAAUCGCUGCUCAAACGACAGCGACGUUCCUAUGUACGCGUCGGCACGCGUGCGCUUGUACCUUGUACAAAAUACCCACGCACACUAAACACGCACUCUCGCGCGAUCAACAUACACAUUUACACACAGGUGCAGUGUCGCGAAAAGUGGAAAACUCGCGAAAAUACGUUUGCAGGGCCGCCGUCGGCAGUCAAGAGCGCACUGUCUCCGUUUUUCAGCCGGUUUCGGCUACUGAUGCUGAUGAUCAUCACGACGCGAGCGAGAGAGGUGCCUCGUGCGACUUUUUUCACCCAUCCUGCACACGUAUGACGGCGAGACAGAUACUCGACGACGACAGCUAACGUUGAUCAUGAAUACACCUAGGUACAUCGAGUGUGAACGCAGCGAUCGUCCUGCAUCGGCAGCGAUAAUUGAGUAGGCGAGUACAAUUAAUCGGUGUAUGAUUUCGACCCGUUAUUCGAGCACCUUUUGAUACGGGGAUCUGUUGCUGAUCAAUUUCGGAGGCCGCUAUGCGAGCAAUUACGCUACCGCACGCAGCUCCCGUUCGCUAAUGUUAACACGCUAACGUCUCAAUGUUUUUUAAACAUAGUAAACCAAUAAUCUAAAAGCAUGCCUCUUCUACCGUAGGUGCCGCACGAUUUUACGGGGAACCAGUUUCCUUACGUUAAUUACGGCGUCUUGCGAGUGACCGUAACUGCGCGCGAGAUUUGUUUGCUGCUGUAAAUAUUAGAGAAGCAACGCAAGGCAGAGAAGAUGCAUCACGCGUAAGGAAAUAAGAUGUCUAGGAUGCACGUUAGCGUAAUUCCUCGCGUUCCCCGGCAUUUUUGUGCGCGGUCACGCCACCGAACUUUAUGGGGGAAGGAAAUAGCGUAGGAUUCGGUGAUAUUUUUUUACCUUUAUAGUUGAAUCCUCCCCUCGCGCGCGAUUCGAUCUUGCGCGACGCACUCGCAGACUACGCGCGAAUCGCGUCGGAUCCGUCGGACAAAAUCGCGACGACGACGACGACGAUGCGAUUUUUUAAAAAUAAAAACGACGCGAGAGCUUGCGCGAGAGCGCGACGAGAGCCACAAGUGUGACACGAUGCUCGACAGUUCUUUUCAUUUGUAUAUACGCGCGUGUACCUGCAUUCUUUCUGAUGCGAUAUCGACAAACGUGUAUUAACGUUUCGCGAGUUUUUGUUAAGCUUGCAUUUGCCGGAUACAUUUGCGAUUCCGUGAAUGAGGCCGCCGAGACGCGCGCGAUCGCGUCGACGCGAAUUAUUACGACGAUGUGAAAGAGGAUCCUGGCGUAACUGUGCUUUACAAACUUGCGGGUUUCCUACUUCCGACGUAACUAGAAUAAAAGUUAGGAAUUAAGGAUCUGGAGUAUCAAGCGGAUCGUUCACUUGAGAAGCCAAAGGAACGUGCCAAACGAUAUCGGGGAUCUUGUCUAAAUGAUAUUAUAGGCGCACUGAUCGAUUAUGUCGCAGGAUUUGUUUCGCUCUUUCGAUACAAAUGAGAUUGUUACAUACCUCGGAGGAUAAACGCUAAAACUAUCCAUAUGGCAAUUAGAGUAUGGCAAGAAAUUGUAGUAUUAAAUACAGAAUAAGUACGGCUACCUUGUCGCGUGUACGAGUUUACACACUUCUUUCUCGAGAAAGAAAGACGCGCGCGAGGAGCACGCGCGGCGUAACUUUGGGGAUAUAUUCUAGAAAUUCGUCUUCAACAAGCGAAGUUGCAUCGCGCGGGCGAAGAGUUACCUCCGAGUCUAUAGGAGAGCGUUCCCUCGCCGUGCGCUUACCGUGAAUUCUUUCUUUAUUCGAUUCCACCGCCAGAACAUAUCUUCAAAGUUCGCGUUGCGAGAUACGCUCCCGGCAAGAGAUGUGUUUCUUACAAAAGAUCCGUAAAAAAGACAAAAACGACGUGAGAGAGAGACGUAUCGAAGAGUGUUAGUCGCGAUUAAGUUACAGAUUGCACAAAGAUCUAUGCAUCGCUCCGGAGCGCGCUCCGGCUGGAUGUUGGAUUUCUAAAUCGAGACGCGGAAUUGCUAACGCUAAAAAAAAAAUACGACACGACACGAAAAUCGAUGGAAGCUGCUGCUUCUACUAUGCUAUGUAACGAUUAACUGCCUCUCUUUAUUUAUCUAUUUCCGUAGUAUCACGUCGAGACGCAAGAUAACAUACACGACACAUACGUUGCGCAAGAACCUUCCUUCGUCGAAAUGUAUUGAAAUGUACAAAACGAAUAUAUUUCACGAUCGUGUGUUAAACAUAAGAUUUAGGUAUUUUUCAAGGAAAAUCUCAAACAUAUAUAGCGCACACACAUACAACACGUACGCUCAUACACACACACAUACACACGCAUAUGUACCUGGGUACCCUCUUACGACACUGCACACUCAUAUAUAUAUAUAUAUAUAUAUAUAUAUAUAAUAUAUAAAUAUAUAAAUAUAUAUAUAUACACUUGGAAUAUAUAUAUAUAUAUAUAUUAUAUACGCGUACGAUGCGUGCUAUUUAUCUCAAAACGAAUGUUCUCGCAUAAAAGCGUAUACCGAAGAAAAACGAAACGAUGUACGACUUUUUUUAAUCGUAGAUUAUUGUAAACACCGAUGUAAUCAGUCUAUGUUUAUAUACGUGUUUUAUAUUAAUGAGAAAUUUAUGAUUCGAGAGUAUGUAUAAAAAAAAUGCCAAAGA